AUGCAGAAAGCUCGUGCACCUUUAAGCAAUUGCCAUCUGCAAGGUAAACUUGACGAUUAUUUGACAGAUGUGGCGGGAAUAAUGAUAGUGCCAUGCAAGGACAUAAUUGGUCUGGCUGAAACUGGUUCGGGCAAAACCGCUGCAUUCGCUAUACCGAUUUUGCAGGCGCUGCUGGCGCACCCGCAACGGCUGUUUGCCCUGAUUUUGACGCCAACUCGAGAACUGGCCUACCAGACCGCAGAACAGAUCGAGGCUUUGGGCGCCGGCAUAGGAGUGAAGAACGCUGUGAUCGUUGGAGGCAUCGAUAUGAUGACGCAGGCGAUGUGCUUGGGCAAGAAGCCACACAUUAUUAUAGCGACCCCUGGCCGCUUGGUAGAUCAUCUCGAGCACACGAAAGGCUUUAAUCUGAAAUCCGUGAAAUAUCUGGUCUUACCUCGAGACAGGCACACGUAUUUGUUCUCGGCAACCAUGACGAAGAAGGUGUCGAAACUUCAACGGGCGUCUCUCAAGGACCCAAUUAAAGUCGAGGUGUCCACUAAAUACCAGACGGUUGAUAAGCUGCAGCAGUACUACCUGUUUAUUCCGCAGAAGUACAAAGAUUGCUAUUUGGUUUACAUUUUGAACGAGUUGGCCGGCAAAAGCUUUAUGGUAUUCUGCGCAACAUGCGUCAACUGUUUUCGCACGGCUUUCAUGCUGCGAAACCUUGGCUUUACCGCAAUUCCUUUGCACGGCCAAAUGAGUCAGGCUAAACGACUGGGUGCUUUGAACAAAUUCCGAAGCAAGGACAAGUCAGUGCUGAUCGCCACCGACGUUGCUAGCAGGGGGCUUGAUAUACCUCAUGUUGACAUUGUGAUCAACUUUGACAUACCGAGAAAUCCCAAAGACUAUAUUCAUCGUGUCGGUCGAACGGCUCGAGCAGGAAGAUCAGGAAUAUCGAUAACAUUCGUCACUCAGUAUGAUGUCGAACUGUACCAACAGAUCGAAUUUUUGAUUUGCAAAAAGCUUCCGUUAUACAAAACAGAGGAAGAAGAGGUUCUAUCACUGAUGGAUCGAGUGGUCGAAGCUGUGCGCUUGGCAAAACAGCAAAUAAAGGAACUGGACGACAAGAGUAAAUCCGGCAAGUCCAGAAAAAAGUUUAAAGAGUGUGAUGAAUCAGAUACAGAAGCAGCAGUGGUUGGCUACCGGAAAAAGCUGAAUUCGAAACGACUUAGAACCUGA